CCAAUCGCUGCUAGCUCCUAGGAAGCUCCGCAGAAAUCUCCUGACGCCAGACAUCGAGCUUUUUUCUUCGAGCCAAGCUACCUCAGACAAAAUCGACGACGACAGCGAUUGUCUUGGUCCAGACUGCGACUCUUCUUCACCUGCUUGCCCGUUAUAAUCUCCGAUACCAAUUUUUGAUUGACAAAAUCUUCUUUUUUUUUAAUUCUUCCUUAUCUCUUUCCCAUUCUCGGGCUUCCAUUCUCCUACAAUCCUUUUGAUCCCUUAUACUUAACCAAAAAAAAAAGAUCUACCAUAAAAAAUGGCCUCGUCAUCAGGGGCCAGGACGCCCCGGAGCGUCUCGGACGCGACCCGCUUCACGCCGACCACACCACACGCCGCAUCCAAGGCAGCCGAGUCGUCACGGUUCCAACCUCCAUCAUCAGCCAACGCGGCCGCCCGCCCCGUUUCGUCCAAGUUCAAAGACCCAAGGAGACCGCCGCCCCAGUCACAGCAGCCUCCCGGCGGAGGCGGCAUGCCCACACCCGGCGCUCACAUAAACGAAACGCCCGAGCAGCGCGUCGCUCGCCUGCGCGCCCAGCACCUGGCGGCUCGCAACGCCGAGCUGACCUUCCUCGACAAGUUUGUCGACAGGAGCCGGCCGAUCCUGGACCGGGUGCACCGGUUCACCGUGCUGGGUCUGAUUGGUUUUACAGCAAUCGCAACUGUCGUGACGGCCUACGCCGCUUUCGACAUGAUGGUGUACAACCGCAAGCGCAAGAGCGAGUUCAUAGCCGCCCAAAAGGAGAUGGAGGAGUCGUCUCUCCAGGCUGCCCGUCUGGCCUACAUGCGUGGCGACGCGACGGCCGAGCAGGUCGCCCUGGUCGAGGAGGCCAAGGCCAAGGGCAUCGACACAUCCUUCUUCAGCAACACCUCCACAACGACAGCGGCCAAGCCGCCAGCAGCACCGGCAGCGCAACCCGAAACACCCUCGAUCGACAUGAACCAAACUGGUUGGCAGGUGGUCAAGGGAUUAUUGUUUGGCGGGCUGAAGACGCAAGAUGACGUCGUGGCAGGGAAGCCUAGGGCUGCUGGAAGUGAGGCCGUGGCGGCCGCGGGCGGUAUCGUCAAGACGGUCGAGGAGAAGGCCAAGGCUGCGUUUGAAAAGGAAAAGGAGAACCAGGCCAGCGGCGGCAUGCUAGACAAGAUAGGAACUGUUGCAGCCGCAUCUCAACCCGAAAGGACGGCCAGCAGUAUCCGCAUGAGCAAGCCUAACAGCAGCAGCAGUCCUGCAGGGGAGGCUGCGCCUGCGACAGAGGCGAGCGCAGCACCCCCGAAGAAGGGUUGGUUUUGGUAGGCGCAAUGGCACCAUCAAGCUGGAAGGCUAUAGCUGUACUUGGAGAUCCCUCAGACACAUGCUGUCGGGGUCAACAGGAGGCUCUGUAAAAUCUGUAGACGAGCAUGGUAGGACAGAGGGGAGGCGAAAGCCAACAAAAGGCAUGUACUCUUAGUUGUAGAAAUGGGUAUCACAUGUGCAUUACGAAGGCGUCGGGGAUUUAGUUUAUUUCAAUAGAAAGUCAACAUCUCCAACA